UUGCGUCAUAGGCUCCGCUUUCCCUCCGUUGUCCGUCCAGAACACACUCACUAAACACACGGACGUGGCUCCUGUCAGAGUUUCCCCCCGAACGAGGACACUCUGUCCCGCGCCGCUCGUCCCACAGCUGGAACGCACGCGCACAGACAGACACCAGCAGCAGUCCCGCGUUCCCGCGCGCGUCAUCCCGCGCGGCUGCAGGUGGUUGGCUGCAGGCUCGCGCGACGCCGCGCACGAGGAGCCAACUUGAGGCGCGGUGCGCGAAGAAGAACGGUUUUCGAGCGCGAGGCGACCGGCUGCAAAGUGAGUUUCCGUCGGCUGCACGAUCUUUACUGCAACUUUUUUUUGUUCUUUUAUUUUACACCCACUGACUUUGUACAUCUGCGCUGGGCGGCGCGCGCAUUCUCCAAACUUCAGUGAGUGAGCACCCGAGGGGAAGCAUGGCGUCCGGCGAUGGCGGGAAGCUCGGUGCCGAAACCUGGGAGUCCCACGGCCGCAUGAUGCUGGAGCCCCUGGCGACGAGCGACGCUGAGGUGUAUGACAUCAUCAGGAAGGAGAAGAGGAGGCAGACGUACGGCCUGGAGCUCAUCGCCUCGGAGAACUUUGCGAGCCGCGCUGUUCUGGAGGCCCUGGGCUCCUGCAUGAACAACAAGUACUCGGAGGGCUACCCCGGGCAAAGGUACUAUGGUGGCACGGAGUUUGUGGACGAGCUGGAGCGGCUGUGUCAGAAGAGGGCGCUGGAUGUGUACGGCCUGGACCCCGACAAGUGGGGGGUGAACGUACAGCCCUACUCCGGCUCUCCUGCGAACUUUGCGGUUUACACCGCCAUCGUGGAACCUCAUGGAAGGAUCAUGGGUCUCGACCUGCCCGACGGUGGUCACCUGACCCAUGGGUUCAUGACGGACAAGAAGAAGAUAUCUGCAACAUCCAUCUUUUUUGAGUCGAUGCCAUAUAAGGUCAAUCCUGUGACCGGCUACAUAGACUAUGACCGUCUCGAGGAGAACGCACGGCUCUUUCACCCGAAACUCAUCAUCGCUGGUACCAGCUGCUACUCUCGUAACCUCGACUAUUCCCGGCUGAGGAAGAUCGCCGACGACAACGGGGCGUACCUCCUGGCUGACAUGGCCCACAUCAGCGGCCUGAUUGCCGCGGGAGUCGUUCCGUCCCCCUUCGAGUACUGCGAUGUCGUCUCCACCACCACGCACAAGACUCUGAGAGGGUGCCGGGCCGGGAUCAUCUUCUACCGCAAGGGGGUCCGCAGCGUCGACCCCAAGACCGGCAAGGAGACCCUGUACAAUCUGGAAAGCCCGAUCAACCAGGCAGUCUUCCCUGGGUUGCAGGGAGGGCCACACAACCAUGCCAUCGCAGGAGUAGCUGUGGCCCUUAAGCAGGCGCUGACGCCCGAGUUCAAGACCUACCAGGUUCAGGUGCUGGCAAACUGCAGAGCUCUGGCUGGUGCUUUGGUGGAGAAGGGUUACAAGGUGGUCACAGGCGGCUCCGACAAUCACCUCAUACUGGUGGAUUUGCGCCCUAACGGCACUGAUGGUGGCAGGGCAGAGAAAGUUCUGGAGGCAUGCGCCAUUGCCUGCAACAAGAACACAUGUCCAGGUGAUAAAAGUGCCCUACGUCCCAGUGGUCUGAGGCUUGGUUCUCCUGCCCUCACAUCCAGGGGACUCUUAGAAGAUGACUUCCGCAAAGUGGCAGACUUCAUCCACAGAGGUAUACAGCUGACUCUGGAGAUCCAGAAGAACAUGGACCCAAAGGCAACACUGAAGGAGUUCAAAGAUGUGUUGGCGCAGAGCGAGAAAUACCGAACGAAGACCAAAGAAAUCAGGGAGGAAGUGGAGGCUUUUGCCGGAAGAUUUCUUAUGCCUGGCCUCCCAGAGCUGUAAACUGCCAAAAUGGAGUUCAUUGGUUGUUUUCCUUCUUGGUGAUAAAAAUGUAUCAGUCACUUAAUUUAAAGACAAAACCUUAAUUGACACCUUUCACUUUGAGUCACGAGUUGGGUUUGCAUUACAAUAUUUUGUACGACAUCCUUGUAUUGCAAACACCCUUUUGCUUUUACUGUACAACGGUCACAUUAUUUCAAUUUUUUU